AUGCCACCGAUACAGACCAAUGUCGAGCCAUCAGAGGAACUGUGGUUCGCCUUUCGACAAAAACACAAUGCCGAACUAUAUGAUUUCCAGCAAAAAUCUAAGCAAGCGUACGAGACAGUCCUACAGAAUAUAAACAAGGCAAAAUCGGAGCUUCUUGCCAAACACAAGAAGGAAGAAGAAGAAUUUUGGACUGAGGCGCGGGCGGCAAGUAAAGACAAGAGCAAGAGUGCGAACAAGUCUGCAGCGUCUAAGACGAGGACUCAAGGUCGAAACAAUCGUCAGCAAGCUGCACCACCAACUCGAAAGGCUGCUCCUGAACCCAAACGGACGCAAGCGGUGACCUCGAAAGCGCCUCAGACUUCUACACCUACGCCAGCAUAUAACACAAAGACCCAAGCACGUCAAAGCAAGAAGAGAAGUGUUGCAGUCACAAUUAUUGAUCUUUGUUCCGACGACGAUGAACCGGUAAAGGAACAGAAGAAGCUGGAUCCGCCACCAAUUGCGAAAGACCCGAUAUUGGAAUCCCAAAAGAGCGAUAUUAUCGAGACAGCUGUAAGGCGAGAGCAUGCUAUUCCGUCUGCGAGUCUCGAGUUGUUUGACAAAAGCGCAAAACAGGGCACGCCAGAGCCAUCGCUAUUCAAGCGCGAACAAGAUCUCUUCACUGCUCAGCCCCCAACUCUAGUAAAUCCUUCGCCCAUUGCUUCACAUGAUGCUUCGAUCGCUGCUCCUUCGAUACAGCACAGCUCAAUACCUAAAGGGGGUGGCUUUGGUCGUUGGGUUUCAGCGAGUGGGUUACACAUGCCAGCUACUCAGACGCAAAAGUCUCUUCAAGGCAGUGCUUGGACAUUUGGAGCUCCAGUCUCGAGAACUUUGGAUAACACUUCUGCAUGUACAUUUUCAGCUGUUUCUACAUGGGCUACUCCCACGAUUUCUGCUUCAGAGGUUGUACAAUUGUCGAGCGGCUUGGCUCCAUCAAGACCUCCUCUACAUCACCAGUCUGGCAGUUUGCGACCGCAGCAAAGCGUGGACUACAGACAAGGCCAGACACUGGAGCCAAGUGCUGAAGACACGUUGAUGCAUGAACCUCCCCGAACUCCACCAAGGCCACAACAGUACAUCCCCAAUAUGCCUCCACCACCUAGACGGUCCUCUCACACUCCCGACGCACUAACUCAAAGUUCCAUGGCUCCUAAGAACACAAGCUUCAGAAGACCUGACUUUCCAGCCAGCGUCACGAAGGACAGCAUGCGGGCUGCUAGAAAUGUGCGUGCUGGCUCACAAGCUUCAGCUUCAACGUAUCGUGCCUCCAGCAUAACACAGAGUCAAUGUGAUUUGUCAGCUACACCUCGAACUUCUGUCUCAUCUUUGUGCUUGGGUAGACGAAAGCGAAAGGCAAUCGACGUAAGUAGCGAUGAGAGUGACGAUACUCCGCCAUCUGAAGACGAUGAGCCUAGGUCUUCCGUUAUUAUAGAAGAGUUGUGCAAGAGCGUGAAGGGUAAUGUGGAGAAAUUUGGGCCAGUGACAAAGAAGACCAAGUUUCCUCCACCGCCGCCGCCGGCCAUAGCCUCAAAAGGCGUGUUCAGCAAAGGCAAGAACGGGUACGGCUUCCAGCCCACGUCAAGACCGAAAUCUGAGGUCGACUAUCAAGCAGCACUCUCGUUGCCAAAUCAACCACAGCACGCAUCUAUCAUGAAGUCUCAGUUGUCUCCACCAACCACAACGACACCUGCGUUAAAGAAGCCGACGAAGCCUAUAGCCACUACACGAGCAGUGCCAGUCUCACGGUCCCCUCGCAAAGCCAAACUUGACGCCUCAGCGAAGAUAUCCCAACUCAGCGAAACCGAAUUGAGAAUUCGUAACGACAUCGCUGUUGACGAAGCAAAUGGAUACGAAGCGCCUGAAACUGGUGUAGUUGAGCAAGUCAGAGGCAGCAUGAGGAGCAUGUCCAUCACACCCGCUCCUAACAAUACAGAAGAUCAAGGCAUCACUGCAGAGAAUGUGGGGAUGCUGGCCGACCUUUCAGAUACUGAGAGCACUAUAGCGGUACAAAGCACAAAGCACGGCGCGGGAUGGAACUCGUGGACUCACUCUCGCAUCAACGGCGAUAGGAACCUCGCCAAGUUGCGCCCUAAUCGUCCGUUGGUACAAGAUGAAGACGACGAUGACGAUGACCCGGAUAUCAGUAAGUACAGCAUCAUCGAUGGGUUAAUUGUGCAUGAGGCAGACUUGGAAAGAUUGAGACUGACGCAAGAGCAAGACAGGCAGAAUCUUAUGAAAUCAAGAAAGAUGGGCGGUGGCGAUCGCGCACGUGUAGUGAGCGCGACUGAGAUACCAUAG